GAGUGUCGGCGUCUGCAGGAGCUUACAGGGCAAGAGUUCACCGGUCUGUCGCUAACUCGGGGAGUUUCUCUCAGUUUGAUGAUAGCAGACGAAGUUUAGAGGCAAAGAACCAAACACAUGAGAUCUACAAAGGAGUCGCUGUCCGCAACAUAACUUCAGCCUUACUCAUGGAUAUAAAUUAAGCCCGUGAAAAUACGCUGGAUACGUUUAGCCGGUGUUAAAGGCGGUGUUUUCAUUGACUUUUGUUUUUAUGGACAGCAACGACGAUGCCCUUUUAAACAGGGGGACGUUUCUUUUUUUUCCUGGGGGUAUUUGAGAGACACAGGACCAAGACAUGAUGUCCAUUGGAGCUGAUAGCUGACACUGUAGAAUGAGAGAGGAUGGAACAGACAGACAACCCUGCCCCUGAGAGCAACAACCCUAAUGGGUUUGUCAACCGAGUGUUUAAUGUUUCUCUGGAUGUGGAGAAUGAAACCAGCAGUGUUUAUAUUCAGGAGACUGGGUCAGGGCCUGCAGAGGUGCAGGGAGAGACCCAGGCUGCCUCUCCUCAGACCCCUGUCAAGGACAGACAGGAGGUCAACCGGAGGCCUCGUGCCACAGGGGGCAUCUGGAAGAUUUUGAACCGAAAGAGAGCUGGCUCCGAGCUGGAGCGCCGACCCCACUCCAUGAUCCUGCCCGGAGAGGCUUCCAUCCCUAAACUCUCGUUUGCUGACAAAGUUCGCUCUUUCAAGAAGCUUAAAUCCCCCUCUGUGUUUAGAGGGAAGGCAGGAAAAUUGUCCACUGCCAAGUUUAGCAGCUCCUUGGUGGAUGAGGACUCCUUCUGCCGUGACAUUGGCACUCCUCAGCAGUCCAGCAGGGGCACACUUAGACACCGUAGCAAAAGGCACUCGUAUGCUGGCUACACAGCAGAAUUUGAAUGCUCGUUUGAAGACCUUGACCUCACAGCUCCUAUAGACGGUCACCAGCCCACUGUACUGGGAGAGGCUGUAACUCAGAAUGGUUGUAAACCAUCAGAAAGAGUUUGCUAUACUAAAAGGAGCCACAACAAUUCAACCAACUGUAACAAAACGGCUGCAGGUUUUGAAGAGCCUUGCAUUAAAGGUAGCCCAAGCACCCACCAGGGUAGAGGAAGGAGGCACAAAGAUGUGUGGAGUUACUUGAGGAGGAUUUCCCUUUUGGGAAAGGCCAAUCCUGUCUACUCAGAGAGAAGCUUUGAGUCUGAGCUUCAUUCUUUGGACAAGACCAUGGACUCAGAUUAUGGUUCUGUAGACUUCGAGAGUGUCAGAGACUUUCAACCACCGCCCCCGAAACACUCUGACGCCAAGGGGCAUUUCGGUGGUCUGUUCAAGUUUUUCAACAGUGUAGCAGAAACAGCCAGAAAAUGGCGGACAACAUCACACUCCUUCUCUCCUCCAGAGGGAGAGAGGACUCAGAUGAGCUCCCCUCGGGCCCCAAAGCACACAGUGGACAACAUUCACAGUGUGUCCCUGACACUCCACAGUGACGGACUUCCAAAAUCCCAACCUGUUCCAUCAUCUCCAGUGACCACUAAAUCCAUACACUCCAGUAGCUUUGACAGUGAGGCUCCAGCACCUGUGACAGGGGGACGAUCACCUAAGGUGGUCCUGAAAGCCUUUAGGGCAUGCCCGGGAUCUCAAGCUGUCAACGGCCUUCAGAGUUCUGAUGACACAGACAAACAUAUAGACAGAGAGACAAACCACAGGUCCACAGCCAUAGUAGAGAAUCAUAUCCCCCAGUCAGGCCCAAACACAGAGACUAAAAAAGAAGCAGAGGUCGAAAGGGAUCCAUUAAACUGUCUCUGUCAAGAGGAAAAGGUAGAGGGCCAGACAGGAAAUGUGCAGGAUUCCAGGGAUGCUCCACCUGACUCCCACCAGAUACAGGAGGUGAAUGUCCAAUCACAACAAGGUGAUAAAGAGAGCACAACCAAUAGUGUACCAGCAUCAGAUUCCACAGAGGAAAUAUUUAAGCUGUGUGAGCAGAUUGCCAGCCAGACAGGCUGCAGUGUAAGACAGCCGGGACAAGUCGUGCCCCACUCUAGCACAGAGAAGACCUCUGUACCUCACAAGCCCCUGCGCCCUCGUCCUCGCCCGGCCUCAGCUGUACUGGACCUGUGGAGGCCCAACCCGGACCGAGAGCUCUACAACCAUUAUAGUGAGGUUGGCUCACUAUGCCGGCGGAGACGCAGGCCUGCUCCCACCAUGCAACACUCCCCGGGGCAGAGACGGAUGACUGCUCGCUCCAGGCCUUGCUCUGUCAUAGAGACCAGUGUUACUAGGGAGACGCAGUCCACGGAGCUGCACCACAGAGCCUUGUCUCGCCCCCCGGGUGUGUCACCGCUAGAGCCCCCACUCAGGGCAUCUCUCCAGCGGUGCCGCUCCCUGCCGCUAGCCCCGAGCACUCUCACUGCCUUGGCGCUGCUCCUGCCACAGUCAGACAUGGGUCAGUCGUCAUCAUCAGUGCGUCUGCGGUCUGGAGGCUCUGGAAGCUGCAGGAGAAGGAGGCUGUUAAGACCUGGUUCUGAACCACUGCAAGUCAACAUUUUGAUAAGUGGAGGUUCAAUCGUCAACGCUGAGGCGGUAUGGGACCAUGUGACCAUGGCGGACCGGGAGUUGGCGUUUAAGGCCGGUGACGUCAUCAAGGUGCUGGACGCCUCCAACAAGGACUGGUGGUGGGGCCAGAUUGAUGAGGAGGAAGGAUGGUUCCCUGCCAGCUUUGUACGGGUGGAACCCCACCCUCCUCAGCCCCAAACAAAACAGGUUUUCUAUAUCAACCCCAUAGCAACUCCACGGUUCCAAAACACCACGUCAAAGCUGUGGGUGAACCAGGAGGAUGGGGGAGCAGAGCCAGCUGAGGGGACGAGCGAAGUGCAGAACGGGCACCUGGACCCGACCAAUGACUGCCUGUGUCUGGGCUCGCCCCUCCAGAACCGAGACCAGAUGAGAGCUAACGUCAUCAAUGAGAUCAUGAGCACAGAGAGACACUACAUCAAACACCUCAAGGACAUCUGUGAGGGCUACCUGCGCCAGUGCAGGAAACGCGUGGACAUGUUCAAUGACGACCAGCUGAAGGUCAUUUUUGGGAACAUCGAGGACAUCUACCGCUUUCAGAUGGGCUUUGUUAGAGACCUGGAGAAACAGUACAACACAGAGGAACCACACCUCUCUGAAAUUGGACCAUGCUUUUUAGAACAUCAAGAUGGCUUUUGGAUCUAUUCAGAAUACUGUAACAACCACUUGGAUGCUUGUAUGGAACUGAGCAAACUGAUGAGGGAUGGCAGGUACCAGCACUUCUUUGAGGCCUGUCGCCUCCUCCAGCAAAUGAUUGACAUUGCCAUAGACGGCUUCUUGCUCACCCCUGUCCAGAAAAUCUGCAAAUAUCCGCUCCAGUUGGCUGAGCUUCUCAAAUACACCGCACAGGAGCACAGUGACUAUCGAUACGUGGCAGCAGCACUGGCAGUAAUGCGGAACGUCACUCAGCAGAUCAACGAGAGGAAGAGGAGGCUGGAGAACAUCGACAAGAUCGCUCAGUGGCAAGCUUCUGUUCUGGACUGGGAGGGGGAUGAUAUCUUGGACAGGAGCUCGGAGCUCAUCUACACUGGGGAGUUGUCAUGGAUCUAUCAGCCGUAUGGACGUAGCCAGCAGCGAGUCUUCUUCCUCUUUGAUCACCAGCUGGUCCUCUGUAAGAAGGAUCUGAUACGCCGGGACAUCCUGUACUAUAAGGGCCGCAUCGACAUGGAUCGCUACGAGGUGCGGGACGCCAUAGACGGGCGUGACGACGACUUUAAUGUCAGUGUGAAGAAUGCCUUCAAACUGUGCAACAAAGACAGUGAGGAGAUCCACAUCUUCCUGGCCAAGAAGCCAGAGGAGAAGAUCCGCUGGCUCAGGGCCUUCCACGAGGAGCGGAAGAUGGUGCAGGAGGAUGAGAAAAUCGGUUUUGAGAUCUCUGAGUACCAGAAGCGACAGGCGGCCAUGACGGUGAGAAAGGUGACCAAACAGAAAGGUGUAAACAGGUGCACGCCCCCCUCAUACCCGCCCCCCCAGGACCCCCUCAGUGCGGGGCAGUAUGAGGUAACGGAGGACAUGGCACAAGGAGAGGUUUUUGAAUUCAGUCAAUCCAAAAGAGGCCAGGCUCCUUUCUGGCAGAAUUUUAGUAGAUUAGCUCCAUUUAAGAAAUAGAGAUACACAGACUCUUCUGAAGGACCAGCUAUUUUUCUUAGAAGCACUAAACACUGGAUGAUCAUGUCCCAUGAAGAAGAAAAAUAUGAAAAACACACAUACACAAGAGACUUUGAAGUUUAAGGACCAAUGUUAAUAUAGAGUAUGAUUGGAAGCAGCAAGAGGACUGAAGACUUGAGAAAUUCAGAAAAAAGAAAACUUUACAAUUCAUAUAUGUUAGUAACGUUCUUAGUUAUCAUGCUUCUCCAGCUGAGUCGACUGUCAUGAACUCUCUCCCCUCGGAUUCUGCAUAUUCACACCAUCUGAAUGUCCUGGAGUUACUGAGAUUGUUAUAUUAUUUCAUUUUGAAUACAUCAUCUGGAAAGUAACACAAGGCCAAGCCAGGGCAUUCCCAGUAGUAUGAUUGUGUCCAAAAGCUGAGAUCUUAAUGUGCUGCUAUGUGAGAUUGCCUGUUACAUUCUUCUGAAUGUGAUAUUGAAUAAUGACGGUCCUCAGCUACUGGCUGUGGCGUCUGAUGGACAUGUGAAGCUCUACCAUCAGCAUCAUUUCUGAGUUAGAUCCAUUCCGCCAAUGAUCACAGACCGGUCAGGCCAUCUCUGCUCUACUGAUGUCUGCGUCUGGAUCUCCCCCUCACUCUCAACGCUCCAUAGUCCACUCUCUAGCCAUUUGCUAGAUUACAUUUAGUAGCCCUCUCUUCAUCAAGUCUGAUGUUCACAGUGUUUCUCUCACUCUCUUACCAUCCCUCUUGUCCUUUCUGUAUCUCUACCCACCUGCUCAGUCUCUGUGAGUCAGUGGCUCUCAGAGGAAGAGCUUCAUUCUUUUGGAAACCUGCCAAUGGCCAUGAUACGAUGGGUCAGGGAACAAAUCAAUAGUUGGAACAUCAGUAGAAUAUUUACAUCCAUUCACCAACCACUUUUGACAGGGUAUUCAUAACCGAUCACGCCGAGGGGCUGUGGGUUGCAUUUGACGGAGAGCUUGCCGCUCAGAUAAAACAGCUGGGAGGAGGAGAUAGGCAGGCUACAGUCCACCUGCCUUGUGUCAGAGCUCCUCCCCACUCUCCCCAGAGACCACCCCUGUAGCACUGUGCUGGCAGCUCACUGGGCGUUUGGAAAGAGCACAGCCUACCUCUGGAAAUCCACUGAGAGCUAAAAGUGAAGUUGAUGCAUUGGCCAUGGUCUAAAAUGAUAUAUCUUUUUCAGGUCAGCUGUAAAAAAAAAACACAAAAAAAAAAAAAAAAAGACUUCUUCAGUUGACUUAAUUAUUUCGUAUUGCUCACAUUGUAAAAAGCACAGCACAUAUUCAAUCUGAGGAGUACUUUUUCCUCUCAUUUGAGUAGGAGCAAUGCCACAGUGUGAGAUAUCAGAAAGAACCCUAACUCGCCCAAGGGGAAAUGGUCAAAAAAAUGGCAGAAAUUAUAAAUGAUUGGGACAACCAUAUCAAUUGGUUGUGAGCACACUGCAGAAGUGUGAGCCAACACCAUAGGGGAGGCAGAAAGGUACAUUUAAUCUGUAGCAUGCAGGUGUCCUCUGACAGGAUUCAUACGUCUCUAAAGGCUCCAGCUUCACAAUCUUGGCACUCCUCCCCCGUCACGUUGUUUUCCAGUUCAGAUCCGUGUUCUGGCCGUUAGAUCGGCGUUGUUAAGUGAUUUACAGAGGACCACCGCCCAAUCAGAUUGAUUUGUUUAGUCAACAAUGUCCCCGAGUUGCUGUGAGCGAGGUCCCGUGCUAUUUCAGCAGAGGUGUUAGAAAAGGGAAGAUCUACUGAAGAGAAACUACUAAUUUACACAUGUCAUGAAGGUGUAUUCUUUUAUAAAGUUGGAAUGUAAGUGACAUAUCUGUCCUUGGUUUGUGAUCAUAUUUUGACCUCAGAUACAGAAGUACAUUUUGUGUUGAAUUAUAUCACCUGAUGGACAGUACAUAUACAGUAUGACAACUUGUGCAAUGUGAUAUAUCAUAUUAUAUCUUCACUAUUCACUACAACGUGAUAUGAAAGAGUUAUAUAUCGUUCUAUGUCAUUUGUUUGCCUUCUUAUAGGCCUUAUAACCUAUUGGAAAAAAGACCUUAGAAUUGCUUUGUAUGUUGUGUAAUUUAUGUUUUGUUUCAGUAAAGAAAGUUGAGAAACGGGUGAGUUGGCUGCUGGUGUCUGUAGAGAUGGCUCCCAGUGAGAUUGUUGUGGAAGAUAAUUCCCAGGUCUGGCACAGCAAAAAGAUAUGGUUCCCAGGCCAUGAUAACCUCAGGUCCCGUGCUACACCCACCCCCAUUCCCCUACUCCACGCCACCACCAGUAACAACAUACAGACACAAGCGUGCAGACAAACACACCCACACACACACACACACAAGCACACAGACACAUAAUCAUACGCACUUGCUGGCCCGUUCUGCUGCGGAGAAGAGAGAUGCUAUCUAACAGUGCCUUCCAGCAUUCCACUAGUGAUUAUCUAUUCAGUUUCACAGGCAGAUUUGAAUUAGUCAUGUAUUUUCCCUUCAGUGUGGGACUUGCAUUCUCUCUCUCUCUCUCUCUCUCUCUCUCUCUCUCUCUCUCUCUCAUACACACUGGGAAUUCCUCGUUCUCCAGUGCAUGAGAUCCACUCGGACAGAAACUUAGAGGUCAGGCCUUUUCCAUAUGAGUAGAUACUGUGCUGUCUGACUGAAACACUUUAAAACACCUUAUUAUAUUAUAUCACACUUACAUAGCGGUAAUUUUAUUGCACAAAAAGGAGUUACUUCUGAUUUCAGACGUUUAGAAACUACAUAGAAUUCCUUUAUUGUUAUCUAUUUAACAUGCUGAAAGAUGGUUUAAUUUGAAUAUAUAGUAGGAAACAGAUUUUCAUUAGUCAAGAUAGAUUUCACAUUUCAAAGUAUAUUAUUAACAGUGAGUUAUGAAUCAAAAGAAGAAUCAUCUAUUUUACCUUUAUCAGCUACACACUGUAAAUAAUGUAAAAAAGAACAGAUCAUAUAUUUGGAUAUUGGUAUUUUGCGUUGGAGACGAAUGUUGUUCCAGUUCUAGCGUGCGGUAGACCUCAGUACCAGGUAAAUGCAUGCUUGUGGCAUCCAAUAUUUUGCAUGAGACUUAAGACAACUCUUAACAGAUUGUUUAGUUUCAUUUACCUUCCAAUGGGAUUUUUUUUCCACAACACAGAACCAUUCAUUUGUGAACCCAUACCAUCUCACUAAAAGGGAGUUUUCUCUGUCCACCUGUCUCCUGCUCACUAUACAUUACAGGUUGUAGCUUCUGUGUUUAUUUAUUGUCAGGCAGAGGGGAACAUCUGUCCUCAUUUCCCCCUGAAUCAAAGAAUGAACUGUUGAUAGGUGAAAUGAAAGGCACUGAUGCUCUUUUUGCCCAGAUAUAAUGGGCACUAUAAACUGUAACAUUAUUUUAAAUAUUGAUUUCUUUUCUUUGACUCCAACCUACACUGUCAUAGUCCAAACUGCUGGGUUUUUUAUUUUAUUUUAUUUGGAAUGCCAUUAACCGCUGAGGCAAAACGGGUAUCAUUUUUCUAUGACAACAGUGAACCAAAUAGGAGUUAGCGCUGAUCAUGGAUGUUUGUGUAUAGAUUUGUAGUCAAGCAGAAGAGCUGAAUAAAUGCGAAACCUCUCGGGAUGAGCUAAAAAUAAACAUAAUCCUGAAGACGCACACACACACACACACACACACACACACACACACACACACACACACAGUACUUCAUUGCAAUUCAUAUCAUGCUCUUGUUUCUACUUAAGAAAUUAUUCUUUGAAGUACAAUGACUUGACAGUACAAAUUAAUUCCUCACUUGUAUUUAUUGAAUGCAGUAUUAAAUAGUACCAUUUGGCCACAUUGUUAAAAGGAUGUAUAUAUUGGUCUUAUUUUCUUAUAUAAUUACCAUUCUGACCUUGUACCGAGAGCCGAGAGAACAGCCUUCUGUGCGGUUGAAUAUUUUUUUUUUCUCUUUCUGGUCACAAAACUAAGACAGCCAAGUUAGCAGACUGUCAAUCGGAUGCAUCAGAGGUUGCUCAGAUUUAUGUAAUUCCUUUUAGUCCAGGGUGUACAUGAGCUGCUAACCGCGUUCACUCACAUUUAGCAUAGCAUCUUCAGUAGGAACUCCUUGCAGUUGGUUAUGAAGUCCUGUGUUGUUUCAGAAUAGUCAGGGUACAACAGAGUCUUCAAUGAGCCAUAUAUUGAUGUGGUGUUCAAUGACAACAAGGUUAACAGAAGACUGACAUCCCACUUUUGGAAUCUAUCCAUUGUAUAUUACCAUCUAGUUUGAGGUCUGAAUUUUUGCCUAUCACAGAAAAAUUUACUCACAGUAUCCACAUCCUUUGUCACCAUAUGCAAACAUUUGUCAUUUUCUUUCUUGCCGGCCUUUUGAGUUUGAUUAUUUGUUGUAGAAAUGAAAAACCUGAAAAAUAAUGCCUAUUCAAUCCAGAAACUGUGAAUGGGAGAGUGGAGAUGUCAACUGUAUGUACAUUAUAUGUUUUGAUGUAAUCAGAAGCACUGGGAAUAUGUUGUACUUUGCUGUAAAAAUAAAUCCAUAUCUGAUAUAGCUGUACUUUUGUUGAAAAUAAAACCUCUACAGAACCUG